UAAAUCCCCAAUGCCUUGUGUUUUUACAAGAGGUUCCGGUGGCUUGAAUCCCUCCCUAAAAAAACCAAUAAAGUCUGUGAGCGUGACUCAAAGGUGCCACUGAUUAACAGCCCUCUGCAGGGAGCGAGCCUCGGGCCGGACUGCACUCUGUGCCGGCUGACGAUGAGCAAAGCAAACGAUUCUGGGAUGGAGGAGAGACCCGAGUGGGACAACAAGGUCCAGUACCUGCUGACCUGCAUCGGCUUUGCGGUGGGAAUUGGCAACGUGUGGCGCUUUCCUUACCUGUGCCAGAUCUACGGAGGAGGCGCUUUCCUCAUCCCGUACCUGAUCGCCCUGGUGUUCGAGGGCCUCCCCCUGCUCUACCUGGAGCUGGCCAUAGGACAGAGGCUCCGCAUGGGCAGCAUCGGGGUCUGGAACUCCAUCUCCCCCCUGCUGGGUGGAGUCGGGAUUGCCUCCAUGUUGGUGUCAUUGCUGGUGUGCAUUUUCUACAACACUCUCCUUGCCUGGGUGCUCUGGUACCUCUUCCACUCGUUCCAAGACCCGCUGCCGUGGAGCCAGUGCCCCCCCACUGAUAACCUCACAGGCUACGACGCAGAGUGUGUGAAGAGCACUCCGGCGAACUACUUCUGGUACCGCGAGACCCUGAACAUCUCAACGGACAUCGGGGCCAGCGGCUCUCUGCAGUGGUGGCUGGUGGUGUGUCUGGCCAGCGCCUGGUGCGUGGUCUACGUCUGCUUCAUCAAAGGCAUCGAGUCCAUCGGGAAGGUGGUGUACGUGACGGCCAUCUUCCCUUACCUGGUGCUGACCAUCUUCCUGGUGCGGGCCCUCACGCUGCCCGGGGCCACCACGGGGCUGGUCUACCUCUUCACCCCGGACUGGGAGGUCCUGAAGAACCCGCAGGUGUGGCUGGACGCUUCCACCCAGAUCUUCUUCUCGCUCUCUGUAGCCUUCGGAGGUCUCAUAGCUUUCUCCAGCUAUAACAAAGAGAGGAACAACUGUGAGCUGGAUGCCGUGCUGGUAGGAGUGAUAAAUAGCGCCACGUCGCUCUACGGCGCCAUUCCCAUCUUCGCCAUCCUGGGAUUUAAAGCCAACUCCGCCUACAACGCCUGCGUGAUGGAAAACAUCUUGGCUCUGACAAACCACUUUGAGAUUUCGGACCAGAACGUAACAGCGGAGAGCUACGACCACUGGUUGGAGUACCUAAACCGUACAUCUCCAAGUGAGGUGGCCAGUCUGGACCUGAGGCCGUGUGACCUACAGACCUUUCUUGACCAGAGCGCCUCCGGUACCGGCCUGGCUUUCAUUGUGUUCAGCGAAGCAGUGGUGGAGAUGCCGGGCGCGCAGAUAUGGGCCAUCCUGUUCUUCACCAUGCUCUUCAGCCUGGGUCUCUCCUCCAUGUUUGGUAACUUAGAAGGGGUCCUCACGCCCAUCAGAGACCUCCACCUGCUGCCUGCGUGGAUCCCUGAUGCCCUCGUGACAGCGGUCAUGUGCUUGAUGGCCUUCUUGAUGGCUCUUAUCUUCACCAUGGGUUCAGGAAACUACUGGGUGGAGAUCUUUAACAGCUACGUGGGCUCUGUCCCUCUGCUCAUCGUCGCAUUCUUUGAGAUUUUUGCGGUCAUUUAUGUCUACGGCAUGAAAAGCUUCAGCGAAGACAUCUACUUCAUGACGGGGAAGAGGCCCAACCUUUUCUGGAAGGUGUGCUGGAAGGUGAUCAGUCCUCUGAUGCUUCUGGUCGUGUUGAUCGCCUACAUCGUCACGCGGAUACAGGAACGCCCCACCUACGGCGCGUGGAACCCGGCCUAUGAACUAUUCCCCAAAACCGAGGUGAAGCCUUAUCCAGACUGGGUGUUCGCCAUCAUCGUCCUCCUCUCCGCGGUGCCGGUGAUUCCCAUCCCUCUGGUGGCGCUCUACCACCUGAUCAGCUGCGGGAUCAAGAGGUCCUCCGCUCGCACCCACCUGAAUCCCUGCAGCAACGAGGGCUUUGAGAUUGAGACGCGGGACGAGCAGAACCUUCACUCAACAAAGAUCAUAUAA